CUCAUUUCAUUUUCAGCACUCCUCAGUCCUCUCUGUAAUAGACCAGAGACCACCAAACGAGGAACGACGAAAAAUCACGCUCUUACUAGUUUAAUACAGAGUCAAGUGCUUUCUGAUCAUUGAGAGAGAGGGAGGGGGUUUGAAACAGAGAGAAGAAAGAGAGGGAGAGUGAAUUUGGGGAUCUCUCUCUUUCCGUCUCCUUUCCUCUCUCGACAACAACGGCAAUGGCGGAGGAGCCUUCUCUCACUCGCUGGUCAUUCCUGGAUUUUAAGAUGUUUUAUGAUGCAAAGUUUGGGAGAAAAAGGGAGCCUGAGAAGAAGGAGGCUGCAGGGGCUGAUCAAACUGCUGCUUGUAAUGGGAGUUCUUCAAAUGGAUCAAUCAAUGGGACUGGGCACGUCAAGAACACAUCUGAUAUGGCGAUCUAUGAGGAGUUCCGGCGUCAGGAGAAAAAAAGCCCAUCACAACUUAAUGGAAUUCCUUCCGAAAGACCGCAGAAGCCUUCGCUCCCACCAUUGGAGUCUGCAGAAACACGUGCACUGGCUGAGAGUUUAUGUAGGGACAUUAUCCGUGGAAGUCCAGAUGUGAAGUGGGAAAGCAUCAAGGGGUUAGAGAAUGCCAAAAGACUUCUAAAGGAAGCAGUUGUCAUGCCUAUUAAGUAUCCCAAGUACUUUACUGGUCUUCUAUCACCAUGGAAAGGUAUCCUGCUUUUUGGGCCCCCAGGAACAGGAAAGACUAUGCUGGCCAAGGCUGUUGCAACCGAGUGUAAAACCACAUUUUUCAAUAUUUCAGCUUCAUCUGUUGUUAGCAAAUGGCGCGGUGAUUCAGAGAAGUUGGUGAAAGUUCUUUUUGAGCUUGCUAGGCAUCAUGCACCAUCAACCAUAUUUCUUGAUGAGAUUGAUGCAAUCAUUAGUCAACGAGGUGAAGGGCGCAGUGAACAUGAAGCAAGCCGCCGCUUGAAAACUGAACUACUGAUUCAGAUGGAUGGUUUGAUGCGGACAGAUGAACUUGUUUUUGUUUUGGCUGCAACAAAUCUUCCUUGGGAACUAGAUGCAGCUAUGCUCCGGCGUCUGGAGAAACGUAUCCUUGUACCUCUUCCGGAACCAGAAGCAAGAAGAGCAAUGUUUGAAGAACUCUUGCCAUCAGUGGUUGGUGAAGACGAGUUGUCAUAUGAUUUGCUGGUGGAGAGGACAGAAGGCUAUUCUGGUUCAGAUAUCCGGUUAGUCUGCAAAGAGGCUGCAAUGCAGCCACUGAGACGGUUAAUGAUACAAUUGGAGGACAGGCAAGAAGUGGUGCCUGAGGAAGAGUUGCCAAAGGUUGGUCCAGUCACACAAGACGACAUUGAGAUUGCUUUGAAGAACACCAGACCAUCGGCUCAUCUCCAUGCUCAUCGCUACGAGAAAUUCAAUGCUGACUAUGGUAGCCAGAUUCUCCAAUGAAGGCCAGGUUCAAUCCCCUUUCAAAUUGUCAGCUGUCGCAUUCUGUUUCCAUAUUUGUGUUGUAGCAAUUAUUCUUAAACCAUAUAACUUUUCAUAUGAUUUUUUUUUGUGGGACUCAUUUUCAAUAGUUUUACACUGUAGCAAUCAAAUUCUUUAAAAUAGAUUUGUUGUUUUAACCUGCAAGUAGAGUUCAUAUUUGUUAUUUGUCCAAAAGGAUCUCACCUAAAAGACCAUUUGUAUGGAAAAGAUUAAUAUAACUUUUAACCAUUUGAUUGA